AUGGGGGAUAGGAGGGUUCUACUUGUUGUGUCUCCUGAGGUAGCAAUCUUUGGUUACGAUGGAGUUGUCUCAUUUGCAAGUGUUCACGAUGCCGUGGAUGCUGUUCCACUGAACAACGAAGUGUGCACCAUCAUCAGGAUUGGUCCUGGUGUGCAUCGGCAGCCAGUGCACAUUCCCAAGACCAAGAACUUCAUCACCUUGUGUGGAUCCCCAAUAAAGGACACAGUGAUCUGUUGGGACAACACGACUACUCGCAUCAAGCAUACUCAGUCAUCACAAGAGAUUGGCACAGGAACACUAAACAGUGCUACAGUUAUUGUGGAGGGGGAUGAUUUCAUUGCUGAGAAUGUUAUUUUUAAGAACUCAGCUCCCCAGAUGUCUGGGCAAGCAGCAGCAGUCCGUGUGAUGGCCAACAGGUGUGCCUUCUAUGGUUGCAGAUUUCUCGGGUGGCAGGAAACUUUACAUUUGCAUGGUGGAAAGCAGUUCUUGAAAAACUGUUACAUUGAAGGUAAUUACGAUUUUAUCUUUGGAGAUUCUACUGCCCUUCUGGAGCAUUGCCAUAUCCACUGCAAAGCAGCAGGAUAUAUUACUGCUGAUGGCCGCAAAUCCUCUUCAGAAGCAACUGGAUUUGUAUUCUUCAAGUGUGUUAUUACUGGUAAUGGAGAAGCUGCAUACAUGUACCUAGGUCGGCCCUGGGAGGCCUUCGGGAGGGUUGUUUUUGCAGAAACUUUUAUGGAUCACUGCAUAGAGCCUGUUGGGUGGCAUAAUUGGGACAAACCUGAGAAUGAGCAAACUGCCUGCUUCUACGUGUACAGGUGCUCCGGUCCAGGAUCCAGCAUAUCGGAAUGGGUACCUUGGUGCAAAGAAUUGUUUGGUGAUGAAGCUAUACCGUUCCUUAUACAAACUUUCAUUGAUCCAGAUAUCGAGAAUCCAUGGUUGGUCCACAGUUUGGGAAUUCAAGUCCCAGUUUCAGCGUCUUCACCGUAG